CCUCCAGCAUAAAACCCCACUUCAUGGAGCCCUGCACCUUGAGCCAGUGCUCACGGACCUCCGGCCCCCACUGCGCCCGGCCGGGUGCCCCAGCCAGGCUGAGACCAUGAGGUGGCGGCCAGCCAUGGCCCUGCUCCUGUGGCUGCUGUGGUUUGGGACUCAGGGAGUCGUGGCAUCAAGUGUGUGCGGGCGCCGGAGAAUGCUGAACCGGAUGGUGGGCGGCCAGGACGCCUUGGAGGGCGAGUGGCCCUGGCAGGUCAGCAUCCAGCGCAACGGAAGCCACUUCUGCGGGGGCAGCCUCAUCACAGAGCGCUGGGUCCUCACGGCCGCGCACUGUUUCUCCAACACCUCCCAGACAUUCCUGUACCAGGUCCUGCUUGGGGCACGGCAGCUGGUGAGGCCAGGCCCACACGCCGUGUACGCCCGGGUGAAGCGGGUGGAGAGCAACCCCCUGUACCAGGGCAUGGCCUCCAGUGCCGACGUGGCCUUGGUGGAGCUGGAUACCCCGGUGACCUUCACCAACUAUAUCCUCCCCGUGUGUGUGCCUGACCCCUCGGUCGUCUUUGAGACGGGCUUGAACUGUUGGGUCACCGGCUGGGGCAGCCCCAGUGAGGAAGACCGCCUGCCCAACCCGCGGGUCCUGCAGAAGCUCGCAGUGCCCAUCAUCGACACGCCCAGGUGCAACCUGCUCUACAGCAAAGAUGCCGAGUCCGGCUUCCAGCCGAAAGCCAUCAAGGAUGACAUGUUGUGUGCUGGCUUUGCCGAGGGCAAGAAGGACGCCUGCAAGGGCGACUCAGGGGGACCCCUGGUGUGCCUGGUGGGCCAGUCGUGGCUGCAGGCGGGGGUGAUCAGCUGGGGCGAGGGCUGCGCUCGCCGGAACCGCCCAGGUGUCUACAUCCGUGUCACCUCCCACUAUGCCUGGAUCCAUCACAUCAUCCCAGAACUACAAUUCCAAAAGGCCGGGACGGGUGGCCUGACGCGGGGGCCCCGGGGCCAGCAGCCCUCCGUUCAGAACUCUGUGCCCGGGCUGGUAGCCCACGCGGUCCUCUGGGUCCUUGCAGCCCUGCUCACUCUCCUCUGAGCCCCGGGACCCAUGAUGUACAUUUGUAAAUAGCGCUCCCAUUCUCUCCCGCCAAACACCCAUUUUUUAUUUAUGUUCACCCUCCAAUAAAAGCCCA